GUACAUGGCUCCCGAGAUACUUGAUGAUGUGAUGAACGUGAACAUCUUCGAGUCCUUCAAGCGUGCAGACAUAUACUCUCUUGGGCUGGUGUACUGGGAGAUCGCCCGAAGGUGCUCCGUUGGAGGAAUGACUGAGGAAUACCAGUUGCCUUACUAUGACGUUGUGCCUUCUGAUCCUUCGAUAGAAGAUAUGAGAAGGGUAGUUUGUGAGCAGAGACUCAGACCAAAUAUUCCAAACCAGUGGCAAAGCUGUGAGGCGCUGCGAGUAAUGGGCAGGAUCAUGCGGGAAUGCUGGUACGCCAACGGCGCCGCGCGGCUGACCGCGCUGCGCGUUAAGAAGACGAUUUCACAGCUCUGUGUGCAGGAGGACUCCAAAGCCUGA